UGCAUUUUAGCGCUAAAUAAUUUGUUGCAAAUUAAUUGAUUUAAGAAAAUUUUGUGAGAACUGUUAGAAGGUUGAAAUAUAUCCAAUAACGAAUUAAAACAUAUAGUGAAAAUAUACAACGACAUAAACUCAUCAGCAGAUUAAAAUUUAACAUUUUGACGUAAUAUCAUUCUAUGAACAUUGCAUAACCUCACUCUUAGUAAAAGUAAUGUCGCAAAAAGAGUUUUAGGUUUUAGUAAUUAGUGCAUAAUUCGUAUUAAUUCUGCUGUUCUUGUACCACAAUAAUGGCUUGGAGGUCGCGUUUUACUACUUUAUUCCGAUACGUAACUAAAUCACCCCUUAUUCAUGCCCAAACAUUAAAAAAAAAUGGGAAGGUUCCACAAGUGACAACAGCAAGGCAUUUUCACAAUUCUUGGAUAAACCACAGUUUAAAAAACAAUCCACAAGAAGUUAAAGCAGAAACAGAACCUGAAUCACCAAUUUCCACACCGCUUGCAAAGCUUGAGGGAAAAUCAAUGUUAGGUUUCACUUGUAAAGUUUGCAGUACUAGGAAUACAAAGUUUAUAAGCAAAGUGGCUUAUCAGAAAGGCGUCGUUAUUGUCAAAUGUUCUGGUUGCAAUAACAAUCAUUUGAUUGCUGAUAACUUAAAUUGGUUCACUGAUUUAAAUGGAAAGAAGAAUAUAGAAGAAAUUUUGGCAGAGAAAGGAGAAACUGUACAGAAAAUUCAUUUGGACGGAUGUUUAGAAGCUCUGGACGACUCGCAUAUUGAAAAAACUUAAGUGAAAGUGUUUGUUUUUAAUUCUUGUAAUUUUUGUAAAUAAAACAUGUAAUUUAAA